UAUUAAUCUCUGACCAUUAUAUCGAAUUACGAAAAUAAUAUGUAUUUCUUGAUUAAUUUAUUAAUGACAUAAUUAGUAUGGAUUCAACGGAUUAUAUCGCAAAGUCUUCAGGAAGCUCGACACCUCUUGAGGACAAUAUCAAUGUCGUUGUGAGAGUUCGUCCGCUAAAUGACAGGGAACAUAAGGCAAGAGAUGUGUCAAUCACCCAAUUUCCAGGAAAUGGACAACUUUUAUGUGAAGGGCAAAGUGACACGAACAAGGCAAAAUUGUUUUCCUACAACGUUGUUUUCGAGCCAGGAGCAACCCAAGAGGACAUUCUACAUUACAGUGGAACCAAACGUUUAAUCGAAAUGGCGAUUGAAGGAUUUAACGCCACAGUCUUCUGUUAUGGACAGACAGGCAGUGGAAAGACGCACACAUUAACUGGUCCGCCAGAACUUUUUAUUGGCAAAAAGCAUGAUUUAAAUCAUAAAGGUCAUGGCCUUAUAUUUCGGUCAUUUUUCUACUUAUUCCAACUCCUUCAACAGCGACAAGAGAACACACAGUUCAUAUUGAAGGCAUCGUUUUUGGAAAUCUACAACGAAAAAGUUAUUGAUCUUCUUAAUCCUGGCAAGGCUCGUAGAAAGCCAUUAGCUGUACGAUGGUCGAAAAAAUUGCGAGGAUUUUAUGUGGAAAAUUUGUUUCUGGUCGAUUGCGAAGAAUUGGAUGACCUGCUUGCUGUGCUUGAGGAAGGAAUGCGAAAUCGAUCAGUCGGAUCGCAUUUAAUGAAUGAUCACUCGUCAAGGUCACAUACUAUACUAACAGUCCACAUAACGUCUGAGCAGCAGGCCGAGAAUGAGAAAAGCGUUUUUAUAAGCAAGCAAGGCAAAAUCAAUUUUGUUGAUCUUGCCGGCUCAGAAAUGACGAAGAAGACACACAGUGAGGGUAAAACGCUAGAAGAAGCAAAUAACAUCAAUAAAAGUUUGAUGGUUUUAGGAUAUUGUAUAGCAUCGUUGAGUGACCAUCGUAAGAAGAAUGGCCACAUACCAUAUCGAGACAGUCAAUUGACGAAAUUAUUAGCUGACAGUUUAGCUGGGAACGGUGUUACAUUGAUGAUUGCAUGCGUCUCCCCCGCUAAAUCAAAUGAGAAUGAAACAAUAAAUACCCUCCGUUAUGCGGCGCGUGCGAAGAGAAUAAAAACAAAGCCGUUAAUAAUUAUCGAUCCACGAGAGGCAUUAAUCUUAUCGCUUAAAAGAGAAGUUAACAGCCUUAAAGUUGAGAAUGAGCAUUUGAAAUCGUUGACAGUUUUUCACAUGCAAAAGCCACUUGACGCAUAUUCGCAUACUGGUUCAAAUGCUCAAAUUAUGUCCAAUAGUGGCAGUAAUGAAAACAAUGACCGAUCAAGUGCUGUUGUGAUACCGCAGGUUGAGGUUGAGCGCUUAGCUGAACUAGAAAAUAAUGAAUUAUCGGAGCUUGUAAAGCUGUAUAUGACAGAAAAUCGUACAUUGAGACAGGAAAAUAAUGAGCUAUUCACAGCACGCGAUAUAUUAUUAAGAGAUCAAGAGGUAGUUUGUAGAGAAAAUGAGAGGCUUUUAAAGAAAUUAGAAGAUGUUAAUUCCGUCUGUUGUCGUUCACCUUUAAUUCCUGCGCGACCAACAAUCUCGGGUGAUAUUUUUAACUUUUCUAAUGGCAGUGAAAAUGAAUUUGUUAUGAAUCAAUCAAAUAUUUGGAAGAAUCCAAUGAACGGAAGUACUGAAAAUUUAGAUGGACGAAUUUCAUCGGCUAACAAUAAGCUCACUGAUUCGAUACAGAAGGAAAUGGACCAGAUGAGAAUUACUGACAGCAUUGAAGCUACAGCAAAUAAGCUAAAGCGAGCCCAGUCUUUUGAUAAAAAUGGACAUUCAAUGGUCGACAUGAUCUCGUAAGUCUUAAAAGGUAUUGAGCAAGAAUGCAACAAACGAAUUUUUAAGCAUAAAGCAACAUAUCCUUACAGCACACAAAAUGUUUAUAAAUAUAGUUCCAGAAACAAACAAAAAAAGUUUAAGCAAUA